AACAUGCGUCUCCUGGAACGCCACAUCUCGCAGCGCAUGGGAUUAACUCCACGAGAGCUGCGGCUGCGGCUGCAGCUGCCUGAGGACGUUGACUAUAUCGAAUUCGAGGAUCUGGUGCGCGACAAAAACGAUAAGUCAAAGGCGGUCCCGGCAACUUCCGAGGGGGCGUCUUCGUCACCCCUGCGAGGCGCAGAAGGAGGCAUUGGGGGUGAGAUGGGCGUCCCACCGCCAUCGCCGGCGGCAGAAGCAACGGAUACGUCUGCGGCACCUGGCACACGCAGCGCCCAAGAGCGGGUCAAGCGUGGCCGGGGAGACGGCGUGGCGGCGGCGACAGAAGGCCAAACAGGGCAGUGA